AUGUCGAGUUCAGGUCCACAUCUGAAUGAAAGCUUGAAGGGAGUAUCCUGGUUGUUAGGCAAAUGGAAAUCAGAGAAUGGCCAGGGAUCUUACCCUACACUGAAAGAUUUCAAGUAUGGUGAGGAAAUAGAGUUUACACAUGUAGGCCAACCAAACUUGCAGUUUAGCUGUUAUUCAUGGCACCUUGAGACAAAGAAACCUUUACACAGGGAACUUGGCUUUGUAAGGGUGCAGCCAAGUACUAAUAAAGUUGCCUUAAUUAUUGCUCAGAAUUUAGGAGUUUGUGAGUUGGAGGAAGGAGAAGUUAAUGGCCAAGAAAUGACCACAACUUCACACACAUUGGGUAGACUCUCAUUUGGAAAGGAUCCAGCUACCAAAGUGAUCAAAAGAACAUUCCGUCGAGAAGGUGAUACACUACAGCAACUUGUUGAAAUGGAAACAGACAAAACUCCCAUGACAGAACAUUUGAGAAUAACAUAUCAGAAAAUUGACCAGAAACCUCUAAAGAGUUAACCUUUGACUUCUGUUGUGUUUUUGAAAGGGAAAUACUGUUUACAUAUACACAUACAGUAUUAACAAUGGCAGCCUGAUAGAAUCCUUCCCAUAUAAAACCCCUUCUGCUGAUUUUGUAACAAAACCCCUUCCAUCAACAUUUCAAGGUGAAAAAAAAAAACAGCCUCCCCUGUAAAUUCCAGGGAGACAAUAGACAAAAUCAUUGGAGGGGAAGGGCAAAGUGGGAGUGGUUUUAUCUCAGUUAUAUCACAGGAGCACAUUAUGUAGACAUUACCCUUUUGGGUGAUUUUUAUCUGUCAGUUCCUGCCAUUUUAAACAUUUCCUUUGAAAAUUAAAAUGUUGACGAUUUUUUUGUCAGAAUGUUUUCAUAAGGUUACAUAUAAAAGUAUGUAUUUAUAGUUUGAUAAUGCCAGUAAAACUGCAAGUUCUGAAUAAUCUUUACUUUACCUAUUGAUGCUUUGUAGUUGUUGUACACGAUCGAAAUCUCCCACCCCAUCGUAAAUAAUAAGACCAUUGAAAAUUUACAUUGCCAAAGAUUUGGUUGCAAGUUCAUUUGCAUCAUCAGUGAUGUGCCAGAAUUUUUUUGAUAUGGUGUGCUAAAGUGUACAAAAAUGUGCGCCAAGGAAAACCCUCAGGCAGCACAACAAUUCAUCUCCAUUGUAAAUGGUACAUCUGGUCAAUACAAUACUUAUAGACGGUCAGCAUUCACAAGUUGUAAAAUACAAGUUUCCUUGAUGGUGCAUGAAACUUUAGUUUUUAAUGGCUUUAUGCAUAUAUACUUUUGAUUCAAGUUGAUUUAUUUCUUUUGUAGUAUAUGUAAAGUGAGUUGUGAUAAA